UGGGAGGGCCAUUUGAUUUCAAAGGAGCAAUAACCAACCAUUAACAAAAUGCUAUGUCCAUGUCCAAAAGAGCCGCUUGUUGUGUUGUUCUUCAAUGUCUCAACCUCCUUCUACCUUCUUUUCCUCUUCUUCUACUUCUCUUCCAUUUUGCUUCCCAAGUUCUUUCAUCAUUUUCUGUGCACAAAAACAAUAUCCAACAGCAGCGACUAUGAAUACCAAGUUGGCUAUUCCGAAGAAGAGGAAGAAGAAGAAGAAAAUCAUGCAUACUACAGCACUGAGUGUACUGGGAAAGAGGAUCUGGUGGCCAACAUCAUUCAUGGUGGAGAAGCCCUAUCGUUUCUAUCCAUUAAAAACCUCGAGAAGAAUAAAACUCUUAUUGAAGAACGAACAGGGUCCGACGACAGCAUAUUCGAAGGCCUUCGAGAAAUAUUUUUCGAGGAACAAUUGCCUGUUUGUAGCUCACUUGCAUCAAAUUACGAACAUGAUAGUGAAGCUAAGGCUGACGAGACCUUUACCUCUAGUGAUACUGAUUCAUUUGCCACACCUAUGAAAUUGAACCGAGAUGAAAGGUGUGACAACGGAGAAGGAACAGACAACGAAAAUGCAGAGAGGAACUUGCCAGAAGAUGAAAAAUUUUUAAUAUUUGUGCCACCUCGGUUGAAAACCAGAAAGCUUGAAGCUCAAGUGAAGGAUGGCGAUGAGAUGUUUGGGGACUCGUUUACAGUUGGGUCAACGUCUAAGAGUUCUUCUGAAUGGAAAAGUUCCAUUAAUUUCAGGGAUUCAGAAGAUCCUUUUUCUUCUUCAUCUAGAAGAAGCUGCCCCAACUGGGAGUCCUACACAGUGUUCCAGAAGUAUGAUGAGGAGAUGACGUUCCUGAAUCGAAUUAGUGCACAGAAACUCAGUGAAACAGAAUCUCUUAGGACGAUUGAAGUAUUUCCAAGGUCUAUCUCACAGAGGAUCGUACAUAAAUUUACAACCAAAAGGCCUCGUGGGUACAGUAGAAACCCAUAUCAUGAACUGGAGAAUGCUUAUGUAGCGCAAAUUUGCUUGGCAUGGGAAGCUCUUAACUGGAACUACAAGAACUUUCAGCGUUUCAGAGCUUCACAAGAAGGAGAUAUUGGCUGUCCUGGUCGAAUUGCGCAGCAGGUUCAGCAAUUUCAGGUUUUGCUACAGAGGUACAUCGAGAAUGAGCCUUAUGAGUAUGGCAGGAGACCUGAAGUUUAUGCCAGGAUGAGGAUUUCUGCACCGAAACUACUUCAAGUUCCUGAGUUCCGAGAUUCAGGUGAUGAUCAAAAGGAGGAGUUUGGAUCGAAGAUCUCAUCAACUAAAUUCCUUAGAAUAAUGGAAGAUGGAAUUCGAACAUUCAUGAAUUUUCUCAAGGCGGAUAAGGAGAACCACUGUGAGAUCAUUAAAUCUUUUUUUAAGAGGCACCGUGGGGUCGACCCAAUUCAUCUAAAAAUGGUGAAGAAAGCAAAUGAAAAAAAAAAGAGAAAGCUUAAAGAUCUCUGUCGUGCUCACAAAUGCAUAAGAAAAAGAAAGUUAAGCGAGGAGGAGGAGAUGGAGAUACUGAUGGGCCUGAUAGAUCUGAAAGUGGUGUCUAGGGUGCUGAGAAUGUCUGAGAUCAAUGAAGAACAGUUACAGUGGUGUGAAGAGAAGAUGAGCAAAGUAAGAAUGUGGGAAGGGAGAAUUCAAAGAGAUUCCUCCCCACUUUUCUUCCCUGCACACUGACCCACCCAGAUUAUGUUGCUUGACGAUUGAUGACUAGAUCAUGAAUGUGCAUGUCAUGAAUAUCCUACAUACAUAGGUAAGCUUUUGUAAAUACUGUAUACAAGUUGCAGCAAUGGACCCACAAAUCAAAGCAAA